AUGAGCCACGACGACCCCGGCAGCUCCUCCGCCGACAUCGGCGCGGGCGUGGACGCGCUGUCGCUGGACCUGCUCACGCAUGCGCUAGCGGGCGGGCGCGACCCGCGUGACCGCAAGUCCUACCGCCUCGCCAGCCGCGCCUUUGCGCGAGCCGAGGCCUAUCCCACUUGGUCGCCGCUGAGGACAAGGAGAUGGCCGCCCUCGCCGCUCCCGCGGGGCUCAGGGAGCUCGUCAUGGACAAGUGCCUCGGAGCAUAGCAAGCUCGCUCGCUCCCAUAUACAGCGGGGAGACGUGAGGGACUCCAGCGAAGUGGAGCAAGAAGAGUGUGGGCGACAGGGGGGAAAGACCGAGGGAGCACCGCUGCACCAUGCGCCCUUCUCUCUGAAUCUUACAUUGACUAAGGUUCCAACAGAAGAAGUAGAAAACAAAGACAUUGGCAUCGAGCUGCUCUCCAAGAAGUGCCUCGAGCUUCGCAGCGUUGACAUCUCCUACCUCAAGGUAGCAUCCCUGAAAUUUGUAUCAGUCUCUUUGAUGCUAUUUCGCGUGUGCGAAUCAAGUGAGCUCCAAUUUCUUGUCUCUUGUUUUGCAGACGAUGAUGGCCUACAGAUGCUAAGCGCAGGCAACUCACUGAAGGAGCACUACCAGGAACAGCACCAGCAAAGCAACAACAACAGCAACGAAUGCAGUAACCCCACAAACGAUAGCAGCAGCAGCAAUAACAGCAACAGCCGCAAGAGAGAGGCAGAAGACAACGAAGAAAUUUUGCCCCAAAGAAACAGAUCAAGGCACAGUUAG